GAGCUCUCUCGCCCGCGGCCGAGCUGCCUGCGCGCGCUGCCAUGCCCUACGGGAUCAUCACCAUCGGGCCGGCGGGCGUGGGGAAGACGACGAUGUGCCACGCCCUGCAGGUGCACGGGCAGAUCCACAAGCGGGGCAUCUACGUCGUGAACCUGGACCCGGCGGCGGAGCUGACGCCCUACGAGGCGGACGUCGACAUCCGCGAGCUCAUCACCAUCGAGGACGCCAUGAAGGAGAUGGGCUACGGCCCCAACGGCGGGCUCGUCUACUGCAUGGAGUACAUGCUCGCGAACUUCGACUGGCUCGAAUCGAAGCUCGCCGUCUUCGGGGAGGACGACACGCUGCUCUUCGACUGCCCGGGCCAGCUCGAGCUCUACACGCACGUCCAGGUCAUGCCCCGGCUCGUCCAGGCCCUGCAGCAGAACCUGAACAUCUCCUGCUGUUCUACCUUCCUCGUCGACGCCGUGAGCAUCCACGAGCCGUCGAAGUUCGUCGCCGGCGCGCUCGCGGGCCUGAGCGCCAUGCUCCAGCUGCCCGUGCCCCACGUCACCGUGCUCUCCAAGAGCGACAUGAUCAAGAGCGAGGAGCAGCUCGAGAAGUUCCUCGACGAGGGCUCGGCCGCGCUCUUCGUCCGCGAGCGGAACCGGCUCGACAACGCGGAGCCGGGCCGGACGCCGAACCUGCCCUACGAGCGGCUCCACGCCGCCAUCUGCUCCGUGCUCGACGACCACUCCAUGCUGUCCUACGUGCCCUUCACGGUCAACGACGAGGACGCGAGCGCCGUCGUGCUCGCCUUCUGCGACCACCUCACGCAGUACUCGGAGAACGCGGAGGUGAAGAUCCCCAAGGAGAGCGGCAUGGACGAGGACGGGUAACAAAAUUAGGGC